UGGGCAGGCUUCUCGGGUGGGGUGGGGUGCACUGGUGGGCCCAGGGCAGAGCGGAUGGGCAGAGCGGAUGGGCAGCGCGGGGGCCAGGCUGGUGCUGGGCUGACAGCCCCUCCAGGCUCCUGGGUGGAGCUGCGGUGUGGCCCAGCGUGCUCGGAGCCCGAGCCCUCGCGGUUCUCCUCCUGCCACGCUGACGUGGAGAAGAUGCUGCUGGAGGCCCAGCUAGAGACAGAGAGCAGUGACAGUGCCCUGCUCAUGCUGGACUCCCCAGCCUGGGAUAACGACGGAGCCAUCCAGACGAGCGAGCAGCCUGGGGAGAGUGAGCUGCUCCCUCCCUGCAGCCAGCCCCAGCCAGGCUGUCCCCACCCCCGGCAGCGGGAUGUGCCAGAGGAAGCCGAGUGGAGGGAGCCGUGCCUGCCAGCAUCCCUCGGCUGGACCUGUGCCCGUCGCCCUCCACAUCUGUCUCCAAAGGAGUUUGCCUUUGUGUGCUCCCCCCAGCCGGUGCUGUGGAGCCUGCAGGGAGGUGCAGUGGGGAGAAAGAAGAGACUUUUCAGUUCAGAGCUGCUGCUGCUCUUCAUCCCCUCGCUGCUGCUCAGCCACGUGCUGACCCUGGGACUGGGGAUCUACAUUGGGAAGCGGCUGGCAGCCUCCUCGGCAAACCCGCUGUGAAGUGCUGGGCUCGGCGAGAGACGGGUGCCUCUGCCGCCCCGCUCCUCCGUUCGGCGUGUGGAAGGAGCCCAGGCACCAGCGCAGCCCAUCUGGUCCCAGACUUCGUGUUUGUGGCACAAGACGCCGUCUCCUCUUGUCCCCUCUUCAGCCCCAGCCCAGGGAGCUGAUCCCACCCUGCCACGUAGACAAGAACCCACUGAUGGCAGCUCCCUGCUGCAGGCAGCCCCCACCCUCCCCAUCCCUUGGUUAUGGGUCCAGGUUCCUCCUCGUUAACACGAGACUGUAAAUACGACUCCUGAGCCUGCACCACCACGUGCAAAUAAACAGCCCUGUGCCAGCUUGG